UGAAGCCAAACAACAAGGGGAUGACACCUCGGGCUGGCCCCAAGUUCAGAAGAGAGGUCAGGCGCAGGACCUACAUCUACGUGCUCUCCAAUGCACGGGUGUAUCAAUCACAAACAUCCAGACUCCAGGCUGCUUUAUGAAGAGCGAUUUCAGCUCGACCCGGGACCCCGUGCACUCGCUCUAUGUGACUACUAGACCAGGGCUUUAACUACUGUAAAGAAAUAAUGACCAUACAAAUAGGAUAAAAAAUAUUUUGUUACAAAUAUAAAAAAAUAUUUUAUGCCAUGAUAUGAAACGUUAUUCAAAUGCUAUUCAAACGAAAAAGUACAUAGAAAAGUCUAAUAAGGUUAAAUACCACGUGUGGUAUGGACAACCUAAAACCUAAGGAGUGCCUUCUUCAUUUUUCCCAAGUAUUUCAUAAAACCGCAAGCAUUUAAUUGGGAAGGUAUCCCCCACAAAAAUGACCAUAGGUACCUAAGACUAAAGUUUAAUGAGAUUGAAAAUCUUUUCCUCAUGAUAAGUUCAGGUAGAUUCCGUAUAUUUAAGGACCUUAGUUAUCGAAGUUCGGCAUUUGUAACCGGGAGAGCGAGGCAGCAUGUUGUUAUUUGUAAGCGUCUGUUUAGUGUUGUGCUGGGCUGCGGCCGAAGCGAGGCCGAAUAUUAUCAUCAUCCUAGCUGAUGACUUGGGUUGGAACGAUGUAGGUUUCCACGGCAUGAACCAGAUCCCGACGCCGAACAUAGAUGCCCUGGCGUAUUCUGGCAUUAUUCUACAGAACUAUUAUGUUAACUCAAUGUGCACCCCAUCAAGGGCUGCACUAAUGACCGGGAAAUACCCCAUACAUACUGGUAUGCAGCACAGUGCAAUACGCGCAAGCGAACCCUGGGGUCUACCUCUGUCAGAAAAGCUGCUUCCGCAGUUCCUGAAAGAAUUAGGGUACAAAACUCAUCUAGUCGGAAAAUGGCAUUUGGGGCAUUACAAGAAGGCAUAUCUUCCUAUGAACCGAGGAUUCGACACACAUCUCGGCACUUAUGGACCAAAGAUUGAUUUGUAUGACCACACUAACAUGGAUUUGGGAACAUGGGGUUUCGACUUCUGGAGAGGCUUCGAACAUGCAGAUGAUUUGUUUGGACAGUACGCUACAGACAUUUAUACCGAAGAAGCGAUUAAGGUAGUAAAGGCUCACAACAAGAGUGAACCAUUAUUCUUGAUGGUAUCUCAUUCUGCGAUGCACAGCGGGAAUCCGUCAGAAUAUCUCAGAGCGCCAGAUGAGGUCAUUGAUAGAUUCCAAUACAUUAAUGACACGCAGAGGCGGAAAUAUGCAGGUAUGCUUGCAAAAUUGGACGAGUCGGUUGGUAUGGUAGUAAAGUCGUUACAGGAGUACGGCUUACUCGAGAACUCCAUCAUUCUGUUCAGUACCGACAACGGCGGAGCUGCACGCUGCGAUCACAAUGUUGCAUCAAACCAUCCUUUGAAAGGGGUAAAAAAUACACUUUGGGAGGGCGGGGUCAGAGGUGCUGCUUUAUUAUGGAGCCCUGUAAUUAAGUACCCGUCGCGAGUCGCGAACCAAACUUUCCACUUAGUGGAUUGGCUUCCUACCUUAUACAGCGCUGCUGGAGGAAAUAUCAGUGUAUUUGAAAAUAUCGACGGCUUCAACUCGUGGGAGGCCCUAAUAAAUGAUCUGCCGUCUCAGAGGACCAAAAUUGUUCACAACAUAGAUGACGUUUAUGGAUCAGCUGCCAUCACUGUCGACAAUUGGAAACUUCUUAAAGGAACUAAUUUCCAAGGGCGUCGGGACGACUGGUUUGGGCCUACCGCACGAGAUGGCGCAUAUAACAUCGAUACAAUUUACAAUAGCAGCUCCGCCGAGGCUAUCGGCAAGAUUGCUAAAAUGCCUACCAAAGACAACAUAACAAGGCUCAAAGAAGAGUCGACAAUAAAGUGCAAUGACAGCAUUCCAAUAACACCGUGCGAUCUUCUAAAAGCACCAUGUCUGUAUGACAUAAUGGUGGACCCUUGCGAGAAACAGAACUUAGCUUCAGGAAAACCAGAAGUUCUCCAGGCUCUGCUUUUGGAACUUGACAAGGUGAAUAAGACAGCAGUACCACCGUUGAAAAUAAAGCCGGUCCCUGAAGCCGACCCUAAGCAUUGGGGACGACUGGUAACCACAUUUGGAGAAGCAAACACAUCAUUAUCUAUAGUUAAAUUGAAAUGAAAAAAUUAUUACAAAAA